AUCUCCAGAUGAUUUUUCUCUUUCCAACAUGGCAGCCACCAAUGGGACAGGUAAGCCUCUCUUGGAGUUCAUCUUGAACGGGAUCCCAGGCCUGGAACAUGCUCACCUUUGGAUCUCCUUCCCAUUUUUUUCCAUGUAUCUCAUUGGCAUGGUGGGGAACUGUGGGCUCCUGUACAUCAUCUGGACUGAGGAGGCCCUUCACAGACCCAUGUACUUCUUCCUCUGCAUGCUCUCCAUCACAGACAUAGUGAUGGGAACAUCUACCAUGCCCAAAGCGUUCUGCAUCUUCUGGCUCAACCUCAAAGAGAUUGACUUCAACUCCUGCCUGGUCCAGAUGUACAUUGUCCACACCUUCACUGGGAUGGAGUCUGGCGUCCUCAUGCUUAUGGCUCUGGACAGAUUCGUGGCCAUCUGCUACCCACUGAGGUAUGCCACCAUUCUGACCAACCCCUUGAUUCUGAAGGUGGGGCUAGUGACCUUCAUCAGGGGCGCCGUUCUCAUUCUCCCUUUCCCUUUCCUGGUCAGGAAGAUGCAAUAUUGCAACACCAACGUCAUUGCUCACACUUACUGUGACCACAUGGCGGUGGUGAAGCUGGCCUGCGGCAGUAUCCACGUGGACGCCAUCUAUGGCUUGACGGUAGCCCUGCUGAUAGGGGGCUUCGACAUCUUCUGCAUCACAGUGUCUUAUUUCAUGAUCCUGAAGGCAGUGGUGGGACUUUCCUCUAAGGAGGCGAGGAGCAAGGCCUUUGGCACCUGCACUGCACACAUUUGCGCCAUCACGGUAUCUUACACUCCGGCCUUCUUCACGUUCUUCGCACACCGCUUUGGGGGGCACAGCAUUGCUCCUCACGUUCACAUCAUUAUGGCCAACCUUUACCUUCUUCUGCCCCCCAUGAUGAACCCCAUUGUCUAUGGCGUGAAGACAAAAGAGAUACGUGAAAGCGUCCUAAGGCUGUUCAGUAAGGGAAAGACCAUGGUGCCUCAUGGCCAUUGACGGUGGAGAAGAUACAUAAGUCAAGCCAUCAACAAACACGUUCUACGUGCAUCCCCAUCACCGAUGCAUAUCACUUCCUCAGAUGCAGGAGGCCCAAAUUUCAUCCAGUAUUUCUCCUGUAGUUUUAGGAAGAAAGCUCUCCUCUUAGGGACACAGUAGUGAAUGCUGAAUCUUUUGGCCAACUGCCAGCCAAGAUGACAGCAGUACAGAAGUUUUCUAAUCUUUCCGAAGUUUCUAAUCUGAAUGGCACUAUGAAAUCCCAGCUUCUUCCUAGCCUGCUGCUUACUCUCUGAACUUUCCAGGAAUCAUUAUAUGUUGCGCCCUACACCGGAAGCAAGUAUUGCUUUGCCCAAA